AUGCGUUUAAAAUUUGGUUCAGUACGUGAACGUCAUAAUUCAUCCGUCGUCACAACAUCCCAAUAUACACUUUUCGUCUUAGGUGGCUCUAAGGUUGGUAAAAGUGCCCUUGUGGGUCAAUUUUUAUGGGAAGAAUUUAUCAGAGAGUAUCAUCCAACAGUGGAAGAAUUCAAUUGGAUUGAAUAUAAGAAAGAUGACGGUGGCAGGACACUUUUACAAAUAAUUGAUUCUAGUGGAUCGCGGGAUUUUUUGGCUAUGAGACAUUUAUAUGAAACAAUUGGUGAUGCUUUUGUUGUUGUGUUUGCAGUGGAUGAUCCAAUAUCAUUAGAUGAAGCUAAAGAUAUUAUUAAAGAAGUUCGACUACGAAAUAACAAAAAAGCACCAAUACUUUUGGUUGCUAAUAAGAUCGAUUUGUAUGAAUGUGAAGAACAAUGGGCAACAAAAGAAUCGAGAAUUUAUGCGGUCGAGAAUAAGCUGCAUUUUGCUGCCCUUUCUGCUACUAAUCUUUUUCAGGUAACCGAGAUUUUUCGGCGUGUACUAAGUGAAAUUGGUGAUUUUCAUCCAACCCAAAUGAAAAAACGUCGUCAAUCGAUGCCAAAUACUCGAGGAAGUAGCUAUAGUGAUAUUGAAGUUAAGGCUAUUGAAUUAUUGGCCAGAAAGCAUGCUGCAAACAAAAAAAGAAUGACAAUUUCAUAUACGGGUAAUUUCUGUCGUCUUUUAAUUCGAUGGAAAGGAAGUUUAUGGCGAUUAGUUUGGAGAGAAUUAUUUAUCUUUCUCAUUCUUUAUUAUAUUAUUCGACUCAUCUACAAUCAAAUAUUACCGUUGCUUGAUAAGGAAAAUCCUGAAAAAUAUAGGUUUGAAUUUGAACGAAUUGCAAUAACAUUCGAUCAAUAUACAAGAAUGAUACCUCUUACAUUUUUAUUAGGUUUCUAUGUAUCCAAUGUAGUUAUCAGAUGGUGGCGACAAUUUGAAUGCAUACCUUGGCCAGAAGAUAUAUUGUCAUUAUUAUGUACGUUAAUACCAGGUAAGGAUAUCAAGAGUCAACAACGGCGACAUACUAUUGCUCGAUAUGUCAACUUGGUGGCUGCUCUUGUCUAUCGAGAAAUAUCGAGCACAAUUCGACGUCGCUUUCCGUCAUUGUCACAUUUAGUGCAAAGUGGUCUUCUUACCGAGACAGAAUUACAAUUGAUUAACGAAAGUUCGAGAGAAAUUAAAAAUAUACGAUGGAUGAUACCACUUCAUUGGGUACAGCAAAUUGUCAUGGAUGAAUUAAGUGAUAAUGCACCUCCUCAAGCUCUCGUUAAUCAUUUCAUGCAAGAGUUAAAAGCCUAUCGAGCAGCAUUUCGUAAACUAUUCUCCUAUGAUUGGGUAUGCGUACCAUUGGUUUACACUCAGGUAGCAGCUUUAGCCACUUACGCACAUUUUGGCUUUUGCCUCAUAGGCAGACAGUAUUUGGAUCCAUCGAAAAAAUAUCGAGAUCAUGAAGUAGAUCUUAUUAUUCCGAUCUUUACAAUCGUUCAAUUCCUUUUCUUCGUUGGCUGGUUCAAAGUAGGACAAGACUUGAUGCGUCCCUUUGGUAUGGAUGAUGAUGACUUCGAGCUUGACUAUAUCUUCGAGCGUAAUGUUGGCGUAUCUUUCGCCAUCGUUGAUCGACUUCAGAUGAAUGAUUACGAGCCAUUGCAAAAAGAUAAAUUUUGGGUAUCGGACGAUUCCAUAAUGAUAUCAAUGCCACGAACAGGUUUAGCUAAUCAAAAUAAGCAUCGGAAACCUAUGAGACAUAUCCCCUCCUAUAAACCGAUCGGGAAUCGUGAUGCAGAGGAAGGUAACACACGAUGCAAUGUGUGGAAAAAAAAAUGGCAUGGAUAUGAUGUAUUAUCAUGGUGA